UCAUUUCUCCAGUAGCAUUUCUAAACCGCCGGCUCUAGCGAUGGCCCCUACGUCCUCUAGCAAAGAGCCAUCAUGGGCCGAGCUCCUUGGAUCCAACCACUGGGCUAACCUACUGAACCCAAUGGACCACUACCUCGGGUCCUGGCUCAGCCGUUGGGGCAAAAUGGCUCAAGUCACCUACGACGCCUUCAACAAAAACAACUCCAUCUUCUUCGCCUCUUGCCGCUACACCAAGGAAGAGCUCCUCAAAAAAACUGACUUCCCCUAUGAUUCCGAUUACAAAGUGACGGACUUGCUGUACGCAAGCGUCACAACAAACCUCAACAAACCGAUAUUUCCCAUCCCAAUCCUUCCAAUACCACCAAGCAUAGCCCGUGUCACCGGCUCCAACUUCCAAGGCUACGUCGCGGUCUCCUCCGAUAAAUACGCGAAGGAAACUGGACGGAGAGAGAUUUGCGUAGCUUGGCGUGGGACCGAGACGAUGACCGAGUGGAUCAAUAAUCUCAACUUUUCGCAGACGCCUGUGAACCCGUUGCAGAGCCCGCCGCCUGAACUGCCGCAGGUUAUGAGUUAUUCGUGGUAUCCUUGGCGGGAGUUGCUGAAGACGAUCAGCGGAGAGCCCAAGGUUGCCGAAGCUUGGUACCACGUCUACACAGAGAGGAACUCCAUGUCUCCCUUCAGCAAGUUCAGCGCUCGCGCGCAGCUCAUAGUCAGCCUUAGGAAACUCGUCAGGCAGUACAAAGACGAGGAGCUCAGCAUAGUCUGCGUGGGACACAGUUUGGGAGGUACGCUAGCUGUGCUCAGCGCGUUCGACAUAGUGCUGCAAGGAUUGUCCAAAAAGGGCAAAAAUGACUACUUCCCCGUGACCGCGGUGACGUUCGCGUGUCCGAGGGUCGGAAACAACGCUUUCAGCCAGCUGCUCAACAAGCAGCCCAAACUCAACGUGAUUCAUGUCAAGAACAAGGGCGAUAUUGUGCCCACCCUGCCGCCUACGUUGAUACCAGCCCUGGGAGACUAUGUCGACAUUGGGGUGACGACAGAGCUGGAUCCAAGGAAAUCGGAGCGUCUCAGCUCAAACCCGGGCUACGGGGAGCUGCAUAGCUUGAAAAACGUGCUGCACGUGCUACUAAGAACUUGGUGCAAGAUGAUUCCGUUGAUGGGCAACGUGAAUGAGUAUGUGAUGCCGGAGGAUAAAGGGAAGGUGAUGAAAGAGGAAGAGAAGGAGGAGUGCGAUCCUGAACUCCCUAAUAUCGUGUUGAUGCUUGAACCUGCUACUGCUAAUGCUGCUGGUGCCAGUGCUGCUGCUGCUAAUUUUCCGGCUACCUAAGUCUAUUGAACUAUAUUAUAUGAUCAGUUUCCCAAUUAUAUUAAGCUAAACGAACUGUAUGCAUGUAUGUGUAUCUGUGUGUGUGUGUAUAUAUAUCAUAAAGUGAGUUGUAUUGUUACUACUUUCCAUGUAUCAUAAAGUGAGUUAUAUUGUUACUACUUUCCAUGUACUGUGAAAAAAUAUGUAAGAAAUACUCUCUAUAUGUACCUGUUGGGGCGGGGUCCC